AAACAACUGAACAAUGAGGAAGAAACGUCAACAUAUACUAAAUUAAAAAAAGAAGGGGAAAAAAGAGCAAAAAAGCGACGUUGAUUUGUUAUCAGUUGUGUCAUUUUCUGCUCUUAAACUCCGCCGUUGAUUUUUUUUUUUUUACCCCCUCAAGCUCGACCUCCAAUGUUGCUCCUCUUGAUCGGUGUUCGAUAAAAUGCCUAUGAGAAGUUGUGGAAUCUGUUCCGAUUUGUAUCUGUAAGUAUUUUGCUUCAGAAAUGGAUUUUGCGUGUGCUUUUCAGAAUAGGAGCGUGUUUCGCGGUGGUGAGGGGACUGGUUGUGGUAUAUUGGAUCCAUUGCAUUUGAGGUUAAGAGGUAGAGGCUUUUUCUAUGAUGUUUGUGAUAGGAGGAUUGCUAUGAACGCACGACCUACUAGGAAAAUUAGAAAAUAUAAUGCAUACGGUGGUUGCUUGAAAUCCAGUAUGGUUUUUAGAGGAAAAUUCAAUAGUCAUUUGUAUAGUUGGAAUUCAAAUACACCCUUGGUUUGUAGUUUUGAUGAUGGUUUGAGGUUAAGAGGAGUUAAAUCGUGUUGUCAAGGUGGUGAUUCUUUGGCAUAUGUUGAUGGGAACAGUCAGGAUACAGAGUUUGUAGAGAGCAGUGAUGGCAGUUCUGAUGGCAUUGAAUCAAAUGGUUUGGGAGAAGAAGGGGAAAAUGAAACUGUAGUGGCAGCACCUACCAUGGAUGAAUUGAGGGAAUUGUUGCAAAAGGCAAUGAAAGAACUGGAUUUGGCACGUCUCAACAGUGCGAAGUUUGAGGAGAAGGCUCAGCGAAUAUCAGAAACCGCAAUAGCCUUGAAGGAUGAAGCAGCUAAUGCUUGGGAUGAUGUUACUAACACCCUUGAUAAGAUUCAGGAAAUUGUUAUGGAAGAGUCUGUCGCUAAGGAGGCUGUUCAUAAAGCAACAAUGGAAGUAUCUUUGGCCGAGGCAAGGCUUCAGGUAGCUGUAGAGUCAUUAAAGGCUAGAAAAGAAGUGAAUGAUUCCCCUGAAAGUUCUGGAGAAAGUGAUGUUAAAGAUGAUAUCAGGAAACUCAAUGAGGCACUUUUGACUGCUCAGGAUCAUAUUAAGGAAUGUCAGGAGAAUUUGGCCAACUGUGAGGAAGAGUUGAGGCGCUUGCAAAAUAAAAAAGAAGAGUUGCAGAAGAAAGUGGAAAGGUUGAAUGAGGUUGCAGAGAAAGCCCAGAUGGAUUCGCUGAAAGCAGAGGAAGAGGUAGCAAAUAUUAUGCUUUUGGCAGAGCAAGCUGUUGCUUUUGAAUUAGAGGCUGCACAGUGUGUGAAUGAUGCAGAAAUUGCAUUACAGAGAGCUGAGAAGUCUCUUUCAAGUUCCAAUGCUGAUACUGCAGAAACAUCGGAAGCACAGGUAUUGGAGGAAGAGACUGUUCUUGAGGAGGAUAAGAGUGGUCAAGGGAGUUCUACGGAUGUUAUUGUUGAAAGAGAAAGGGAUACGCAGAUUAAUGGUGAUAAUUUAGUUUCUGAUAAAGCUAGUCUGAGUCCUGAAGUGCUCAGCCAAUUUGAUGAUUUGAGUGAUCAUGAGAAUGGAAAGCUAGGUGCAGACUCUACUAAAGAAGAUGAAGUUGAAGCAGAAAAGUCAAAGAAUGCUGUUCAACCAAAAAAGCAGGAAACUCAAAAGGAUAUCACUAAGGAGAGUUCAGCUCCUAAUGCCCCAAAGGCAUCAUUGAAAAAAUCUUCUCGUUUCUUUUCUGCAUCAUUCUUUUCUUUCACUUAUGAUGGGACAGAGUUCACUCCAGCAUCAGUUUUCAAGAGUCUCAUGGAGGCUACAAGGAAACAAUUUCCGAAGCUGGUUGUUGGAUUAUUGCUCUUCGGAGCUGGGGCUGCCUUCUAUGCUAAUCGAGCAGAGAGGACUUCUCAGCUGCUUCAACAACCUGAUGUCAUUAGUACUAGCAUUGAAGAAGUUUCCUCAAAUACAAAGCCUCUGAUCCGACAAAUACAGAAACUUCCUAAAAGAAUAAGAAAAUUACUUGCGAUGCUUCCCCAGCAAGAGAUGAAUGAGGAGGAAGCUUCCCUCUUUGAUGUUUUGUGGUUACUGCUUGCAAGUGUUAUAUUUGUGCCUAUAUUUCAGAAAAUUCCAGGAGGCAGCCCUGUUCUUGGAUACUUGGCUGCUGGCAUCCUGAUUGGGCCUUAUGGCCUUUCUAUAAUCCGUCAUGUGCAUGGUACAAAGGCAAUGGCUGAAUUUGGAGUUGUUUUCUUGCUAUUUAACAUUGGCCUUGAGCUCUCUGUUGAAAGGCUGAGUUCCAUGAAGAAAUAUGUUUUUGGAUUAGGUUCUGCCCAGGUCUUGGUGACAGCAGCUGUGGUUGGCUUAGUUGCUCACUUUGUUGCUGGGCUGCCUGGUCCUGCUGCAAUAGUAAUUGGGAAUGGACUGGCAUUAUCUUCGACUGCUGUGGUACUGCAGGUCUUACAGGAGCGAGGUGAAAGCACUUCGCGUCAUGGACGUGCUACAUUUUCUGUUUUACUUUUUCAGGACUUGGCUGUUGUCGUAUUGCUUAUACUCAUACCUCUUGUCUCACCAAAUUCCUCCAAAGGAGGGAUUGGUUUUCGAGCCAUUGCUGAAGCUCUAGGACUUGCAGCUGUUAAAGCAACCAUUGCCAUUGCAGCAAUUAUAGCUGGUGGACGCUUGUUGCUUCGACCAAUAUAUAAGCAAAUUGCAGAAAAUCAAAAUGCAGAGAUAUUCUCUGCCAAUACACUUCUUGUUAUUCUUGGGACCAGUCUCCUUACGGCUAGGGCUGGGCUUUCCAUGGCAUUGGGAGCAUUUCUAGCUGGUUUGCUCCUUGCAGAAACCGAGUUCUCUUUACAGGUUGAAUCAGAUAUCGCUCCUUAUCGUGGGCUUCUUCUGGGUCUCUUCUUCAUGACGGUUGGAAUGUCUAUUGAUCCAAAACUUCUUGUUUCAAAUUUUCCUGUCAUCAUGGGGACAUUAGGGCUCUUAAUUGGUGGCAAGGCUGCAUUGGUGGCCUUAGUUGGUAGACUUUUUGGUAUUUCAGUCAUAUCUGCAAUUAGGGUUGGUCUCCUUCUAGCUCCUGGUGGAGAGUUUGCUUUUGUGGCUUUUGGUGAAGCUGUUAAUCAGGGUAUCAUGUCUUCUCAGCUAUCCUCUCUGCUCUUUCUUGUUGUUGGGAUCUCAAUGGCCCUAACACCAUGGCUAGCUGCUGGAGGCCAGCUAAUUGCCUCUCAUUUUGAUCUGCAUGAUGUUAGAAGUUUAUUACCAGUUGAGAGUGAGACUGAUGAUUUGCAAGAUCAUAUUAUCAUAUGUGGAUUUGGACGUGUUGGUCAGAUCAUAGCUCAGCUUCUUUCAGAAAGCUUAAUUCCAUUUGUUGCCCUUGAUAUAAGGAGUGAUAGAGUGGCUUUUGGCCGUGCACUGGAUCUUCCUGUUUAUUUUGGAGAUGCUGGCAGUAAGGAGGUCCUCCAUAAAGUUGGUGCAGAAAGAGCAUGUGCUGCAGCAAUAACCUUGGAUACGCCUGGUGCUAAUUAUAGAACCGUUUGGGCUCUGAGCAAGUAUUUCCCAAAUGUGAAGACUUUUGUUCGUGCUCAUGAUGUUGACCACGGCCUUAAUUUGGAAAAGGCUGGGGCAACAGCUGUUGUGCCUGAGACCUUGGAACCAAGUCUGCAGUUAGCAGCUGCUGUUCUUGCACAGGCAAAAUUACCGACAUCUGAGAUUGCAGCAACAAUCAAUGAAUUCAGAUCUCGCCACCUCUCAGAGCUCACUGAGCUAUGCGAAGCUAGGGGAAGUUCUCUUGGUUAUGGAUUUUCUCGUAUGAUGAGUAAAUCCAAAACCCAACUAUCAGAUUCAUCAGACGGAAAUGAAGUUACUGAGGGCACUCUCGCAAUAUGAUAGAUAACAUGGUUUUAACAGGUUACUGGGUGAGAAUUUUUCAAAGAAAAUAAGAAGUGACUAAUGGAGAACCAUAUGGUAGAUCACAAACGUCUAUUGGUAUAAUUUGUACACAAAAAGGACCAAAAGGUGAGAGGAGAUGGACAGACUUUCCAUUAAUUCCAUUUUUCUCCAUUAUUAAUUACUUUAGCAAUUCUGAUAAAGACAUUUCUCCAUGUAUCCUCUGCAAGGACAUCAUUUUUAUUGUGUUGUAACUUGCAGCAGGCAGGAAAAAAAAAUUGGAAGGCGGUUGUUCCAUUUGUAUUUUUAAUCAAUAUGGGCAUCAAUGAAAUUUUGGACUUUUA